AUGUACACUUCCCUGUCACUGCUACCUCUCCUCUAUGCUCUGGCCCAUGGCUACGCCAACCCUGGCGCCUGCUCUGGGGCUUGCAACAUCCAUGACCCGGGCCUGAUCCAACGAGCGUCCGACGGGAAAUAUUUCCGCUUCUCCACUGGAAACAAGAUCUCGUAUGCCUCUGCCUCGUCGAUCGAGGGUCCAUGGGAGGCAAUCGGAUCUGUCCUUCCUGGCGGUUCGUCCAUCGACCUGGAAGGAAAAGAUGACCUCUGGGCCCCCGACAUCCAAAAGGUCGGCGACCUCUACCACCUCUACUACUCCGUCUCGACCUUCGGGUCUCAAAACUCCGCCAUCGGUCUCGCCACCUCCUCCAGCAUGGACGCAAACUCCUGGACAGACCGCGGCGCCACAGGCGUGCGCUCCGACUCGUCCAAGAACUACAACGCCAUCGACGCAAACCUCUUCAACGACGGCGGCACAUACUACAUGAACUUCGGCUCAUUCUGGGGAGACCUGUACCAGGCGCCGUUCAACGCCGCCGCCACGAAGGUGUCCUCGUCGUCGUACAACAUCGCGUAUGAUCCGGCUGGCGAUCAUGCGGUGGAGGCGGCCUACCUGUACAAGAAUGGGAAUUACUACUACUUGUUCUUCUCGACUGGAAAGUGCUGCAGCUAUGAUACCGACCGGCCGGCGACAGGCGAGGAGUAUAAGAUUAAGGUGUGCCGGUCGAGUACGGCCACGGGCAACUUUGUCGAUGCCAACGGCGUUUCCUGCCGAGAGGGCGGCGGAACCGUGGUCCUGGAGAGCCAUGGAAACGUGUACGGACCCGGCGGACAGGGCGUCUUCACCGACUCCGAGAACGGUCCUGUUCUCUACUACCACUACGUGGACACCACCAUUGGCUACGGCGACGGCCAGAAGCUGUUUGGCUGGAACAAGAUUGACUUCUCCAGUGGAUGGCCGGUUGUGUAAUUGAUUGCUUUUAUCCUUUUUAGUUCUAGUACAUAGGUUUGGAUAGUUAGUUAAGUUUGAAUUCACAC